GAUCUGUCACCUCAGCAGCAUGGUGGGCAUCACUUUGUCCGCCUUCAUUUUCGCCUUCGCCAUUUUGGCCACGGUACCCAGCGUCCGCGCGCAGAUGCAGAAGCCCGACGAGAUGCCACUGGUGGUGCGGGAUGCGAUUUUGUUCACCGUGCUGCUCUAUGAAAUCAUCAUGACCUGGGGAUAUGCCGCCUAUGGAGAACAAGUGAAUGAACAUUUGGUCUUACAGAUCUCGGAAUCCUUUCCAGUGUUUGGAACGGUGCCUUCACUGGGUCUUUUCGUGAACGGCGCCAUCACCACGCCCCUUUUCUUCUACUGCCUCUUUAGCGUGCUGGAAGCGACCGGCGCCGACGCCUGUCGGACCCAGGGCACACCUCCAAACACGGUGGCCCGACUUCUACUGGUCUUGAUCCUCACCACCGCUGGUUGGGCCAUGCCUGGACUGCUCGCCGUCAUCGGAGUCUUCUCAUCGGUCUUCUGCGUUUGCAACAACAUCUGGUUCCCCAUCCUCUUCUACCACAAGUUGCGAAGGAGAGCUCAACACCCCGUGCCUGCCAUGAGCCUCGCGCUUAACGCGAUCAUUGCCAUCCUGGGCGUUCUGGUCUUCAUCUAUGGCCUCCGUGGAUCACUGGAGGAGUUGUCCAAGGAGAUGGGGUGGAAUGCCUCUUCCAACAGUAGCAACGCUACCAAUAGCAGCAACGCUACCAAUGUGGUGGCCCACUGACGAGUUCCGGUGGCAAAGCUGAUUAUCAGCCUGAUAUCUUCACAGAUAUUGACCGAUUUGAC